AUGUGUAUCACUCUCUACUUCCUCAACCGCAAGAAGGCCAAGAAGGCCCAAGAGGCUGCUGCCGCCCGCGGCGAGAAGCCUCCUAUGCCCAGCCAGGGUGGUGCUCCCUAUGACCAGCAGGGAAGCGCUCCCAUUCCUAACGGUCCCCCUGGCUCCCAGGGAACCCCAGGGCCCAAUGGCGGAUACGAUCAACAACAAUAUGGGCCUCGCUAG